CAAGAUAAUGUUGACAAGGGAUUCUGUACUUGAUUAUAAUCAGCUUAGAGACAGCUUGUUUACUCUCCACGAGGAAUUAACGUCACUCCGACUAAGUAAUUCGGUACUGACGCAAACAAAUUAUUACAAUUCAAUGCGUUCGCAUUAAACGAUGCAAAACGAUUCGUUCGAUACAGUCAUGCGCAAAAGUAUAUUUGACAAGUUGACAUGUCUAUUUACAAUUUUUAAAAGAUAUAUGCAGAUUACACGUACAAAGAAGAUUUGUAGCAACAUAAAGUGUACCCAGCCACCUGGUACAGCGUCGGAGCAAGUAAUAGCUGUAUCGAAUUCUCCAGUAUUUAUUAUCACCGACAUACAAGGGGUGAGCAGGGAACACAAAAAUCGAUACCUGUCUGCGAGGGUGCUGCCCUCGCGAAUGCCCCUUGCAUCCAUGUACCAACAUCUGCAUAACAAUUGGACGCACGAGUCUAUGUACUUCGAAAAUCAAUACAGAAGGUACUGUGAGUGA